AUGUACAGACCACGCACGAAAUGGGAAUGGGCAUUCCUAUCAGUAGUAGUGCUUCAGGCCAUGGCUGUAACUUCUCUGCAAGGUCUCCUUCUGAACGACUACCGAAAGCGGAUCGAGCCGAUCAUCUCAGACGCCCAGUCGGGAAGUCCGAUCCCCGUGACGGUCGGGCUCGUCGCCUUUGACUGCUUCGGCCAAAUCGCCUUCGCGAUCGACGGGUUGCGGUCCAAGAACAACAUCCAGCUGUUCACCGUCUGCGUUUGCAACAGCUGCAUCUUCCUCGUCGCAUUCCUCCAGUACAUGCAGAUCCACGAAACAGUCCUCACUGCCUCUCUCCAACUUCCCGCCGAGUCCGCCGACCAUAUCUGGCAAUCGACGAAGCCGAUCCUGCUAGCCACGCUGGUCAGCAUCGGCGCGUGCAGCGCCGCUCUGCCUUUCGUCACCUUCUACCUGCACCAAGAAUUCGCAUGGGCCAUCUACAAGCACAUCAGCGCCGAUCUGGACGUGCGGCGGCGCCAUCUGCAGUACCAACUCUACCUCGUCUCGGCCAAGCUCUGCGUCUGCGCCACCGCCAGCUUCCUCUUCAUCUACGCCUUCGUUGAGCUCCGCCCUACGCAACCGGAGUUCGCCAUCACCAUGCUCCUCGUCCCCGUCGCCGUGUGCAAGCCGCUGCUAGCCGUGUACUGCAUCAAGCGCGAGGCGGCGGCCGGCACCGCUGCUGUGAUAAUUCUCUACGUAGCAGAAGCUCUGUACCUGCUGAGCAGGAUGGCGGCGAUCAUCGGUAAGAGCGGGCAGAGCGCCGCGGACGACGCGAUAGUCUUGUUCGCGGCCGCGGCGCUGUUCUGCGCCAUCGCGACCCUCGCUGCGGCGGUGCGGUGCCGAUGGAAUUUCGGGCGCGGGUUGAAACCUCUGCUACUCGCGCACGGGAGGGAGCCUGGAUCUGAGCUAGAGUUCUCGCAGAGCGAGCUGCGUCUCGUGCGGCGGUUCUCGAUGGACUGA